GGAGGCUUGAUGCUUUUGAAGUGCGAGAGAAACAUCACGUGGUGAUGAUGUGCUAGUGUACUUUCAACACCAAGUAUUCUGCCAGCAAUAUGUCAAAUGACAUUACAACGACAGACGCCAUCAAUCCUGAUGAGCCUGCCAAUGGCAACACACCUCAGUCAGCAUCAUUUUCUGAAGAGCCUGCAGCCCAGGCACCUGUUGCUGAAGAAUCAGCACAUCCAGCAGAGCCGACGUCUCCUGGGUCUGGUUCGCUCCCAGCGGCAGCUCCUGCUGUAAUAUUAAACGGGGCUGGUGCUUCAGUUGAGAGAGACUCUGCAACUGCUGGUGAUGUGUCUCUGACAGAUGACUCCAUGAUCACCCAUUAUGUAACCAGUGUCACCACUCUACAGCCCACUGGUGCUGGUGACUGUGGAAAGAUUGGAGCUGGUGAACAUGCUGGAGAAUUUGUGACAGGCCAUGCUACUGGCUCAUCUGAAAGUCCAACUGGCAUUUCCAGCAAGACUGAGAGUGAGACAUUGGAAAACCCUCCUGUCAGCAUAGAAGCUGGCUCAGGAUAUUCACAAUCAAGUGGGAAUGUGCCUGUAGAACCUACAGAGGAGUCUGUAAAUUCUUCAGAAAUACCAUCAGUUCAUCAACCCAACACACCUUCAUCAUCACAGAUCAUUCCACCAGUAUCAGAAUCAUCAUCAUCAUCCCUCAUGGCAACAGAUGUUACCAUGGCAACUGUAAAUCCAGCACCUGCAGUUGACAACACAACUUCUAGUUCGGAUUCUGGCCAGAAGAUGGCAGCAUCAGGUGCUUUGGCCAUGCUGGCAGGCUACAAUUCUGAUGGAGCCGAUGAUUCAGAAGAGGAGGAUACAGCGAUGGCCGUGGAGCCGGAGUUGACGGUGGACCGCGAGGGACUCUAUCGUGACUCUCUGGCCGCGCCGUGGAGCGGUGACUCUGAGUCUGAUAGCGAGUCGGCGGACGAGUCGUCAGAUAGCUCCUCAAGCUCGUCAGACUCGGACUCGGAGCCCGCCGCCGAAAUAGACAAGGAGGAGGAGGAUGGCGAGACGGAUCAAACGCGGAGUGUGUUUGGUCCGAUGACCAAAGGAGAACUAUGUUUGCUGGACCUUCCUCCCAUUGAGCACCUUCACAUCGUUCUGCCGGAGGAUCAGUGCACUAAAGUGGGAGUGGUAACCAGUGUGGUCGACUGUCUCGUGGUGGUCCAGUCUGUACCCGGUUCUCCGGCUCUCGAUAUCGACUCUGUACUCUUCCUGGAAAGAGGACGCCGCCCUCUCGGCAGAGUGUACGACGUCAUGGGACCUGUAGCCGAGGCCGCCUACUGCGUCCGGUUCAACACACCCAAGGAGAUUGAGGAGUUCGGUGUCCAGCCAGGCGCCGAGGUAUUCUACGCUCCAGGUUCUGCCGAGUACAGCCACUAUGUGUUCGUGGAGGCCCUCAGAAAAAUGCGUGGCUCUGACGCCAGUUGGUGGGAUUCGAACGAGCCACCGGAGAACUGUCGUGAUUUCUCUGACGACGAGGAGGAGCGGAACUUCAAACGGCAGAACAGAAAACGAACGAUUCAGGGCACCUCCGACUCAGCAGAUCCCCCUAACGAAGACCCUCCCUCGUCCCGGCCCACCUCCCGCCCGGAGCGGGGGCGGGGGAGGGGACGCGGCGGAAGGGGAGGGGGCGGUCCACCAGGAGGAGGGGGAGGGGCUCGGCCGCCGUGGAUGCCGGCGCCCCCUAGAAAUCCGUUCUACGGGCAUCGGCCGCCCAGUGCUGGACCUGCGAUGCGGUGGCAUCACCCGCCUCCAGGACCCUACAACCGACCUCCCCCUCCCGCACCCCCACCGGGGACCUUCAGUCACCCCCCGCCCCCACCGGGCGGCUUUGGGCAGCCCCCUCCUCCCUUCCCCGCCCGGCCGGCGUUCGGCCUGACACCUGGUGGCGGGGCCCCGAACCAGCCUCCGCCGCCCGGCCUGCCACCUGGCGGCGGACCGCCGAACCAGCCGCCGCCGUGGAGUCGGCCGGCCUUAUGGGGACCGCGGUGACGUCAUAGGGGGUGAUGAGAUGACGUCAUUUGAAGGUGCUUUUAUAUCAUUUGUUGUGGAAUGAUUGUUACAGGGUGGAAUACACAAUGAUGAUCUUCGUAA